AUGUCUGGCCGAGUCACUAGGUCCGCCACACGCCUCCGAUCCACCGCAACCGAGAGCCCAGCUACACACCCCGUUGAACCAGCUACACUUCCUCGUCGCAAAAAGCCUACAGCUUCUGGCCGUUCUGGAUCACCAACUCCUUCCAAACGACCUGCUCCUACUUUGAGGAAAGUCAGUGGAUCGGCUGUAGAACUGCCUACCCUUCCGCCUUUCAUCGAACCCCCCUACGAUCCUGCUCUUAUCCCAGCAGUCUUGACCUUUUCAUUUGAUAAAGCAAAAGAACAUUUAAUAAGGGCUGAUGGAAGAUUUGAGAAAAUAUUCAAAGAGCUGCCAUGCAGGCCUUUUGAGCAUUUGGAGCCUGUCGAUCCAUUUCAAACACUGGUUACUUCCAUCUUAGGCCAACAGAUAUCAUGGCUCGCCGCCAAGUCUAUUCGGCAUCGGUUUCUACGUCUCUUUGACCGUUCGUUGCCCGAAAAAGUAUCACUUAACUAUGACCAGGGAUUAAAAUAUACGUUCCCAUCUCCAGGAAGAAUCGCGAGCGUAGACGAGGGUAUUCUAAGGACCGCGGGGCUGAGUGGACGGAAAGCAGAAUAUGGCAUGGACAAUCACGUGCUAGACCUUGCAAAGCGGUUCGCAGACGGCCGACUAUCAACUCAAAAACUGGCCAAUACAACUGACGAAGAGCUUUUGGAAAUGCUAAUUGCUGUGCGAGGUAUUGGAAAGUGGACUGUGGACAUGUUUGCUAUUUUCUCCCUUCGUCGCCCCGAUAUCCUACCCGUCGGUGACUUGGGGACUCAAAAAGGAUUAUUGAACUGGGUACUUUCGAGCCAUGACCCCGAAAAGCACUCACUUUGCAUCGAUCCUAAGAAACUUCCUAAAACCGAUGACGACGAGCCCGAAAAGCCAAAAGAAGCAAAGGCUGUUGAAUCUGGAGAGGACACAUCAGUUCUUCCGACACCGGCUCAAGCAUCUACAUCAAAGUCCACAGCGGCAGCGCCAGAAGUUUCGAACCCAAAACAAUUCGCCACCAUUCCACUCGUACCGGUCACACCCGUACCACUUCCAGAAGGAGUAACGCUCGAAAUGCUCAAGGCUCGCGCAAACGGGAAAAAGGCCAAAGGGGGAUGUUACCUGUUACCCAACGAGAUGGAAGCUUUGACCGCUAGUUGGAAGCCUUAUCGGUCACUCGGCCGCUCAUUUGUGUUGAAAUACAGUCAAGAUAUGGAAUCAGCCGUCGCUGUGGAACCCAUUACGACUGGAAAUAAAACGAUGGAAAGUGAACCUACAGUGGCAUCACCACGCUCUUCUUCUUCCUCGGUCGUACACGCCCUGAACACGUCCAAGUCCACAACAACAUCUACUACAAGUGUUGAUACUCCCAGAGACGGGGAUUCUCCGAGGCCUAGUACAACACCUAAAGAGACUGAUACUAUUAAAGAUACCGAAGAUGAAUUUCAAGAAUUAUCUCUCGACGAUACCGAGGCCGCAGACCCCCGUUUUUCGACGGUCCCGCUCUAUACACCAAGUGUCAAGUCACGACCCCUUGAUUCACCUGAACAAUCCAAACCAGGCUCCCCCACUGGCAGGCGGCGAUCCACAUCGGUUACCUCUCCUAUACCUGCGGUAGCAGCUCUGAAGCAGUCUCGUCGUAAAACAAUUGCGUCGGUCGGCCAAGAAGAAGCAGACCCUUCGUUGAAACGGGCGAGUGUGGACGGAGCAAGUAAGCUGGUUGAUGGCUUCAAGAAGAUCCAUGAUGACUCGGAAGGAGAUACGGCUGGAGCUGUUGAUUGGGGAUUCUGGGGUGAAGUGGUUGCGAACUAUGAAGAAGUCGCACGAACACGGCCAACUGAACUGGCUCAAGCUAUUGAGAAUGGCAUCCCUGCUAGCUUGAGGGGAAUGAUGUGGCAGCUCAUGUCAGCGAGUAAAGACGCAGCACUUGAAAAAAUUUACUCGGACCUAAUCAAAAAACCUACACCGCACGAAAAAGCAAUCAUGCGCGACCUUGGUCGGACAUUCCCGAACCACGAGUUUUUCACAGACGGCAGUGGGGUGGGACAGGAGAACUUGUUCAAUGUCCUCAAGGCGUAUUCUUUGUAUGAUCCGGAUGUUGGAUAUUGUCAAGGAUUGGCCUUCAUAGUUGCUGCUCUACUCUUGAAUAUGCCUGAUGAAGAAGCUUUCUGCGUUCUUUGUCGGUUGAUGCACUCUUACGACCUUCGCGGGCACUUCCUUCCCGAUAUGCCGGGGCUCCAACUCCGGUUGUACCAAUUUGACAGGCUAGUCGAAGACGUCCUCCCAGUAUUACACAUUCAUUUCGUGAGACAAGGCAUCAAGAGUAGCAUGUAUUGUAGCCAGUGGUUCUUGACUAUGUUUUCAUACCGAUUACCUUUAGACCUUGUAUUCCGAAUCAUGGACACUGUAUUUGCUAAUGGGAUUGAAGCUAUCUUCGGAUUCAGCUUGGUCCUUUUGUACAACAACGAAGAAGCGAUCUUGAAACUGAAGUUUGAUCAGAUACUGGAGUACUUGAAAGGGCCUCUCUUUGAUUCUUACAAGAUCCCAGAAUCAGAGCGCUCCUCUACGUCGUCUUCUGCUCUAGAAUAUAGGGCAGACGAUUUUGUUCAAGACGCAUUCAAGAUUAGCCGGACAUUUACGCCGUUUAUGCUUGACUCGUAUGCGGGCGAGUACCAGGCCAAAGUCAAAGCUGAGAAUGCGCACCAGGAGGAAAUGGAUGCGCUGAGGGCUAUCAACCGGAACCUAAGUCAGCACGUAAAACAACUUGAAGCUUCUCUGGCGCAGAUAAAUACUGAACAUUGCGCUUUGGUGAAACAAUUGGUAAUGAGCAAGUUGGAACAGGAAGAACUAGAGGGAGAGUUGGUUAAAUUCAAGAUUCUCUACGCCGAGCUCAUGCACCAGAAAGAAGACGAUAACCAUCGUGCAUCGAUCCAAAGCAUGAAAGCAGCGCGAGCUAGCACAACAAGUAGCCAGUUGCUCACAAUGACGACAACCCACUUGUAG